ACCUUGCACAGCUAAAGUUGUCUGAUAUAAAAACGGCUUCAUAUCAUCAUUACAAUUAAUUUAGUUAAUUUAAGUCUCCAAGAUGUUGCACGCAAACCUUUCUCGGUCUACGACGGCUCGCGUUGCGCGUCAAGGCGCACUCCCACGUCGCGCCCCUCGGGGCUUGACGACAAAAGUUCGUGCUGAAAAAUCAGCUAUCGCAAAGUUUUUCGAUUCAACUGGCAUGCCCACCGAUGAGGGCUAUUUCGGGUUUACGCCGUUUAGUGAGAUGUGGGUUGGCCGCUGGUCAAUGAUCGGUUUUGUUUCAUCGAUCGUUGUCGAGUUCGCGACAGGCAAGGGCACGUUGGCUCAGAUCGGUCUACCCGCCCCCUCCACGCCGUUCCUGGCCGCCAUGAUUGCCCUGUUCGGUGGAGCCACGGUGGUGGGCUCCGUGGUGACGGUGCAGCAACUGAUUGGGCGCAAGAUGAGCCGCACCCAGUUGGAGCGGUACCGCUCAUUCCUGGGUCUCUCACGAAAGGACGACUGGAUGGCGGACCAGGCCGCUAGGGACAUGAAGCGCCGCCCCGACUUCACAAGUCCAGGGUUCGACUUGGGGGCGAUUGACGAGGUGCGGCGGAAGGGGAUGCCGGCAGAUCGCUUUCUGGCGAUGGACGACACGGCUGCGGUGGAGCGUACCGCGGAGGAUAUGAAGGCGGCGACCUCGACAUCCGCAUCACCGGUGGCGGUGGUAGCUGAGGCGGCGGAUAAGGCUCCUGUGGCUCCUGCACCCCCCAGGCCCCAAGUGUCCAUGGACGAGCUAUACGGACUGGAUGAGGGCAAGUACGCAAGAGAUGUGGAGCUUGCAAAUGGCCGAGCUGCCAUGCUGGGUUUCCUAGCGGCCAUCCUCGUGGAGGCAGGUACGGGUCAGGGUAUCAUCAUGCAGAUCAUCACCUACCUGAAAUGGAGCGGAUUGCUGGGUCCUAUGUCGGGAUUCUGAACGCUGGCUUUGUGCCUUGGCGAGGUUUAGACUUAAGCAGUGUCCCCUGGUGGUCUAGAGUGCAUGAGUGUGCAUGAGAGCAUGUGUGAGUGAGUGGCAUCUGUGCUGCUGUGAUGGUGUAGUGUAGUCGUCGUUGCAUAGAUUUUUAGUAGGUACUCGGAAAACGCUUCACAUGCACAGCCGCUGCCGCCUUCCUCUUCUGGAAGGCAAGGCGAUAAAGCGGCGGUAAACUGAGUGCACGAUGACCAGAGCCGCAACACCUGUGGCGAACGAGGACGGGAAAGUGGGGCUUUCCACACUGGGGUGUUGGGAGAGGGUUGGAGCCCUAUCAGGUGUUAGUCUAGGGAGAAAAGUUUGCAUUGACUUAUACAUAAGUCCUGGUGGCUGUACAUGCGUUCCCACUUUAUGUAUUGCAAGGAUGAGCUUGAUGAACGGACUGCGUAUCGGUGUUGGGUAACUGGAAUUCUCUUCGUAAAACUUUGCGCGAGAUUGCAUGUGAGGUCUGGGAGAGAGCCGCACUUGAUGUGUGGUCAAGACAAGAUUACUGGGGCAUUAUGGAGAGGAGGAGAAUGAGCUGUUACAAGAAACGGAUGGACAGAUACGCUCAAUCCCCCCUUUCAAUAAGGGGGCAGUAUGUUGUACCUACCCACGUCACCAAUCGGAUUACUUGGAUUGGUGUCUCGGGAAGGGAAAGAAGUACUAUGGCCCCGAGGACCUGUCAUCGUGCGGUUCAUUCAGGCCAUCUGUACGCAUGCCCAUUAAUCUAUGUGCGCCUGCCUGACCCGGUACCGACCCGGUACAGCACAAUGUAACCCAUUGUAACUUGGCGAUGGUUCGGCCCAUCGUUUCCC